AUGGCACUGUUGUUCGCCAUCAUUGUCGUCUUGGUUACCACUGCCAUGUCGCUGCCGCCAGUCAUCAGAAUCGGAGCCAUCUUCACGGAAGAUCAGAGGGACAGCCCAUCCGAACUGGCGUUCAAAUACGCCAUCUACAAAAUCAACAAGGACAAAACUCUACUGGCGAACACAACGUUGGUCUACGAUAUUCAGUACGUGCCCAAGGAUGAUUCUUUCAGGACGUCGAAAAAAGCCUGCAAGCAACUUUCCCGUUCGGUGCAAGGGAUUUUCGGACCGUCCGAUCCUCUUCUGGGCGCCCACAUACAGAGCAUAUGCGAGGCACUGGACGUCCCGCAUCUGGAGGCCAGAGUCGACUUCGAACCGACGUUCAAGGAGUUCAGUAUAAACCUCUAUCCCUCGCAGGACCAUCUGAACAAGGCUUUCAAGGACCUCAUGUCGUUUCUGAAUUGGACAAGAGUCGCGAUCAUCUACGAGGAGGACUACGGAUUGUUCAAGCUACAGGAUCUCGUGAAAUCACCACCCUCUGCGAGGACAGAGAUGUACAUUCGUCAAGCUGGGCCUGGAUCCUAUAGGCAGGUCCUCCGAGAAGUCAGACACAAGGAGAUUUACAAGUUGAUCGUCGAUACGGAUCCUGCGCACAUGCAACAAUUUUUUCGAGCGAUACUUCAGCUGCAGAUGAACGAUUACAGAUACCACUACAUGUUCACCACAUUUGACAUCGAAACGUUCGACCUCGAGGAUUUUAAAUACAAUAGCGUGAACAUGACUGCGUUCCGUCUGGUGGACCUCGAGGAACCAAAGGUGGCAGAAGUUCUCCGGCAAAUGGAACGCUUCCAGCCGAUUGGCCACGCGAUCCUCAACAAAACCGGAGUUAUCCAGGCAGAACCAGCUUUGGUGUACGACAGCGUGCAGGUUUUCGCGCACGGCUUGGCUGCAUUGGAUCGUAGCCACGACUUACGGCCCGCUAAUUUGUCAUGCGAGAAGGAGGAACCAUGGGACGACGGCCUAUCUCUCUACAACUACAUUAACGCCGCAGGCCUACACGGCCUAACCGGACAUAUCGAGUUCAACGAAGGGAAACGGAAUAAUUUCAAGCUGGACCUGCUCAAGCUGAAGAAGGAGGAACUGGUGAAAGUCGGCGAAUGGAAACCCGGAACGGGCGUUAACGUGACAGACGUCGGGGCAUUUUACGAGACCACCGCGACCAAUAUUACCCUGGUGGUUAUGACGAGAGAGGAAAAACCGUACGUCAUGGUAAAGGAAGACAAGAAUCUGACAGGGAACGCGAGGUUCGAGGGGUUCUGCAUCGAUUUGCUCAAGUGGAUCGCCGGCCAGGUCGGCUUCCAAUACGCUAUAAGAUUGGUGCCUGAUCACAUGUACGGCGUCUACGAUCCGGAGACCAAGGAGUGGAACGGCAUCGUCAGGGAACUCAUGGAGAAGAGAGCGGACCUGGCCGUUGCGUCGAUGACGAUAAAUUACGCUCGGGAGAGUGUGAUAGAUUUCACCAAGCCGUUCAUGAAUCUCGGUAUUGGAAUAUUGUUUAAGGUGCCAUCCAGUCAGCCAACGCGGCUGUUCUCCUUCAUGAACCCGCUGGCCGUCGAGAUCUGGCUGUACGUGCUGGCCGCGUACAUGCUGGUAAGCUUCACCCUGUUCGUUAUGGCCCGAUUCAGCCCGUACGAGUGGAACAAUCCCCAUCCGUGUCUGGCCGAGAGCGACGUCGUCGAGAACCAGUUUAGCGUCAGCAACAGUUUCUGGUUUAUCACCGGCACAUUCCUACGGCAAGGGAGCGGGCUCAAUCCCAAGGUCUCCGGACGAAAUACGUCGAGGCUGUUCUCGUUCAUGAAUCCCCUCGCUGUGGAGAUCUGGUUGUCCAUGCUUGGCGCUUACCUGAUGGUCUCACUGUCGAUCUGGAUAGUGGCGAGGUUCUCCCCUUACGAGUGGGUCGAGCCUAGGGCUUGCCCGAGCUGCAAGUGUCCCCUGCAGGGUGGUCACGUGAGCGCCUUGGAUCCGGACAGCGACGACAUUCCCCUGCUGAGAACCGUGAACGAGUUCACCCUGGCCAACAGCUUCUGGUUUACGGUCGGCACUCUUAUGCAACAGGGCAGCGACCUCAACCCAAAGGCAACCAGCACGAGAAUAGUGGGCGGUAUCUGGUGGUUCUUCACGCUGAUCAUCAUCUCUUCUUAUACGGCGAACCUGGCCGCCUUCCUGACCGUGGAGAGAAUGAUCACGCCGAUCGAGAACGCGGCGGAUCUAGCGGAACAGACCGAGAUCUCUUACGGCACUUUGGAGGGUGGCAGCACGAUGACGUUUUUCAGAGACUCGAAAAUCGGUAUAUAUCAGAAGAUGUGGAGGUUUAUGGAAUCGAAGUCGCCGUCGGUGUUCGUGAAGAGUUACGAGGACGGGGUGAAGAGGGUGCUGGAGGGUGACUACGCCUUCUUGAUGGAAUCCACUAUGCUCGAUUAUGCGGUACAACGAGAUUGCAAUCUCACGCAAAUCGGCGGCCUGUUGGACAGCAAAGGCUACGGGAUUGCCACCCCGAAAGGUUCGCCCUGGAGGGACAAAAUAUCGUUGGCGAUUCUGGAACUGCAGGAGAAAGGAGUGACGCAGAUCCUGUACGAUAAGUGGUGGAAGAACACCGGGGACGUGUGCAACAGGGACGAGAAGAGCAAGGAGAGCAAAGCUAACGCCCUCGGAGUCGAAAAUAUCGGUGGUGUCUUUGUCGUGCUGCUCUGCGGGCUGGCGCUAGCGAUCCUCGUGGCGAUCCUCGAGUUCUGCUGGAACUCCAAGAAGAACGUCCAAUCGGAGAGGUCCCUGUGCGCCGAGAUGGCCUCCGAAUUGCGGUUCGCCGUGCGGUGCGGCUCGCGGCAGAGGCCAGCCGCAAAAGCCCGUAAUUCCGACGCCGCGGUGCCAUGCGGCCGUUGCAGCCCGCGGACCAGCCGGAGGAGAACGAGAUAUUGCUCGACCGGCCACGAGGAGACCACCUACAUACCGAGCAUCGAGAUACCGCGAUUAAAUGCAGGAGGGUGGUGCGUUGUCGAUGACGGAGAUGAAGAAAUCAUUGAGCUUCGAUCAAGUGGGAGCGGCCCGUGGAGGGAACACCUAGCACAGGCCUCAUCCUCAUCUUCAUCCUCCGCAGCAGUCGCAGCCACAGCAGCAACAACAACAACAACCGCCACCGUGCAAAGCCACGCCCACGCACACACGUCACACACACUGCCACUCACAUUCACACAGCCACAGUUACAGUCAUACGCACAAGCACCAACCACCCCCACCGAGGCAGAGACGGGGCUCCUCAAGCAUCGUCUUGGGUCAAGGUAA